AACUGCCAGACAGCAGUUGGAAACGGAACGCGCAGCUGUCAAGUGAAUCCACUCAUGAGCAAAUUAAAUGUUGUAAAAUUCAUCCAUUGAUUGCAUAAGCAGUGUCCAGCUCCCAGUUUCCCCAUGAGCAGAAGCCAGUGCAACUCGCCAACGCGCCAGACGAAACUCACGUUCAAGCGCAGCUCGAAGAGCAAUCUUAUCGAGUAUGAGCGCAUGCAGCUGACAGCUGGCGAUUUGGCGGCAACUCCAAUGCCAACAGCAGCUGGAGCAGCCACCACAUUUGCUCAAACCGAUAAAAUGCAGCUCAAGUUGAGCGCCAGCAAAAUCAAGCUACAAAGCGCAGCCACAGAGCAGCAGCUAGAUCCGCAGCAGCAGCAGUUGGAUGUACUGCGUCGCAAGUCGGCGCCGCAGCUGUUCAGCUUUAGCAUUGCGCCUCCGCUUUUGGCUGUGCUGGGCAAUGGCCAAACAGUGCCACGACUGCCCGCCAUGGAGCUGACCAGCUGCAUCCGACGUUCACGCACGCUAGGCGUGCACGCGGAUGCGCUCGUCACGGACAGCAACAGUGAGCCCAGUAGCAGCAGCAUUACAGGCGGCAGCUCCACCUCACCGGAAUCGCUGCUGGAUCACAUAUUGAGCGGCGCAUCGGCCGCCUCCGUGCAGAGCAGCAGCACUGCCAGCGACAUAACAGUCGCACCACCCCCACCCCCACCAGCAGCGGCAUCAGCAGCUGCUGCUUUGAUUAACCCACACACGUACCGAGCUUCAGUGCCGCUCAAGCCGAAACGCGUGCUCAGCCUGAAAGCUUCGCCGGAGCUGCGCGUGUCACCGCCCACACCGGAUAGCGGCGUUCCUCUGGAGGUGCUGCUUCCGCCAGCAGCCAGCGAGUACUAUGACAACGGCUUGUUGGUUUCCAGGAGCCGGACGCCUUCGCCGGCGGGCACGCCGCUGGUGUCACCCUCGCCCAGCUGGACGCUGCCGCCCGACACGAGCUGUGUGAGCAUCGUUUAUCCCGAGGAGCUCAAGUGCGGCAUAUGCAUGGAUGUCUACACCGAUCCGCGCACGCUGCACUGCCUGCACUCAUUCUGCCUGCAGUGCCUGGUCAAUGAGAAUCUCAGGGAGGAGGCACUGUGGGACGAGCGCUCUAGCUACAGCUUGCUCUCCUCCACGCCGGACACAGGCAGCGACCUGGCCACGGUCUCGCCGGCCAGGCAGCGCGGCGCAAGUCUCAGUUUGCGCAGCAAAAAGUCCUUGGAUCGCCUGACGCUGCGGGGUAAAGGUGAAGCCAAACGCUCGACCUCGGCGUGCUCCUCCAGCACACGCUUGAACGCCAGCUUUGCCAGCGAGCCGGAGUCUACGCGCUUCAUACGCUGCCACAUAUGCCAGUUCGUCACGGAGCUGCCGACCUUGGGCGGCGUGCGACAGCUGCCGCAGAAUUUUCUGCUGGUGCGACGCAUUGAGGCGCUGCGUCUGCAAGCCGGCGACGAUAUCAUCUCGCGUGUCUGGUGCUCACUGUGCAGCGAGGAGAUAAGCGCCACCUAUCAUUGCAUCAGCUGCACCCUGAAUCUGUGCACGCUGUGCAAGGAGGCCCAUGAGCGACAGCGGAGCACUGCCAAUCAUCGCAUGCGCAACAUCCUAGAACUGCGACGUACACGCAAACAGAAGCAACAACAACUGGGCUUGGGAGACAGCAGCCAGGUGCUGCUCAAGUGCGGCCUGCACGGCUUCGAGCUGAAGUCCUUCUGUGUGGCUUGCCGGCAGCUCGCUUGCCCGGACUGCCUGGUGCUGCAGCAUCGUGGCCAUCGCCACGAGACCGUCGCCAAGGCAAUCACCCAGCUGCAGGUGACCAAGCAUCUAAACGAUGCCACGGAGCAAACGCGUCCGCUGUGUCAGUAUGCGGAGCACUCGAUCGAGCGGUUGCACGAUAUUACACGCAGCAUAAAUGCCAGGUGUGAUGACAUACAGGCCCAGGUGGAGAGCUAUAUGGAUCGCUACGUGGAAGCGCUUCAGGCGCAUCGCAACACACUGCUGCAGCAGAUCAAUCGGGCCAGGGAAUCCAAGGUGGAGCUUAUACUCAACCAACAACUCGAAUUGGAGAAACGCACGCAACAGGCUAUGGACGUGAUACGCUUUAGCCAGGAGCUCUGCGACAUUGGCGCCGAUGUUGAGAUACUAAGCUUCGCUCGGAUUCUCUUAAAACGCUUCGAGUUUUGCCAACAGUUCAAGCCGCCCGUCGAUCCCAAGAUAUCCGAUUCACUGCAUUUUCUAUCGAAAAUACGAGCGCCUAGCACCAAGAAUCAGCAUGAUAUACCACUGUACGGCAUUAUAACCAUGCAAACCGUUGAGCCUUCUCUGUGCACCCUACAAUGGGAGGGCUUCUCGCAGCUGCGACUGCACAAGAAGGUUGAUCUGCUGCUGUUGUCACGCGACGCGGACGGGGUGGCGCUAUGCCAUGGCGGGCUGGAAAUCAAUUGCAUUAUCAAGUACAAGGAUGCCAGCGUCAAGUUUCUGCCCAUUGAGGUGUCCGAUCAUCGCGACGGCACCUACAGCAUUUCCUUUACGCCCGACACACAGGGCACACUCAUACUAACUAUCUCCAUUAAUGAGCGGCAAAUCAAGGGCAGCCCCUUUACCUUUCACUCCCGCCAGGUGCGUCCGCACAGUGGCAUCUACCACUGCUGCUCCUUCUGCUCCGGCAAGGGUAGCAAGACCGUCAAGUGCUCGUGCGAAGGCCGAAUGCCUGGCUACAGCGGCUGUGGUCACGGGCAUGCGGGUCAUCCGGGUCGUCGGCAUUGGUCCUGCUGCGGCAAUGUGCUCGAAAAUUCCGAAUGCAAUGUGGCGAACAAGCUGUUGAAUCCCUAGAACUACAUCUGGUUAA